CAUGUCUCAGCCAGCGGCCAAGACCUCGACAACAGCUGCGGUGAACCCAGGGCCUGAUGGGAAGGGGAAGGGGGCCCCGCCCCCAGGAUCAGCCCCGGGCUCCGGCCCCGCCCAGGCUCCAGCCCAGCGGGUGCCCGCUGCCAAAGGGGACCUGCCUCCCGGGAGCUACAAGCUGGUGGUCUUUGAGCAGGAGAACUUCCAGGGCCGGCGGGUGGAAUUCUCUGGGGAGUGCUUGAACCUGGGAGACCGCGGCUUCGACCGAGUGCGGAGCCUCAUUGUCACCUCAGGACCCUGGGUUGCCUUUGAGCAGUCCAACUUCCGGGGGGAGAUGUUCAUCCUGGAGAAGGGCGAGUACCCGCGAUGGGACACGUGGUCCAGCAGCUACCGCAGCGACCGGCUCAUGUCCUUCCGGCCCAUCAGGAUGGACGCCCAGGAGCACAAGCUCUGCCUGUUUGAAGGUGCCAACUUCAAGGGCAACACCAUGGAGAUCCAGGAGGACGAUGUGCCCAGUCUCUGGGUCUACGGCUUCUGUGACCGCGUGGGCAGCGUGAAGGUCUCCAGCGGAACCUGGGUCGGCUAUCAGUAUCCUGGCUACCGCGGGUACCAGUAUCUCCUGGAGCCUGGUGACUUCCGGCACUGGAAUGAGUGGGGAGCCUUCCAGCCACAGAUGCAGGCUGUGCGCCGCCUGCGUGACAGACAGUGGCACCGUGAAGGCUGCUUCCCCGUCCUGGCUGCUGAGCCCCCCAAGUGAGUCUACACACCACUCUUCUCUCGUGGCCCACCCUUCCGGAGGCUCAUCUUCCCCAUGCAAAUAAAACUUCCUGA